AUGCUUAUUCAACGAAUCCGAAAUGCUAUCGAUGAAACAUCAAUAAUAAAUAAAAACGAAGUUAUGGGAGUGUGCGAUUAUUGUAAGCGCUCGAACCAAAAACAUCAAUGUCAGAGAUGCCAAUAUAUAAUAGAAAAAUUUCUCCAGAAUAAAGUCGCUGAGCGUAUGAAUCGUGAAGAGAAGUUAAGGUUAUGGAUAUCAAAGAUACAAAGUAGUUUCCUUUCUCUACUUGGAGAAAAUGUUAUUUGUAAACAUAAUAAUUAUUUGGAAAAUGUAUCAAUGACAAAGUUUUCGAAGUUAUUAAGCUUAAUAAAUUCGCCAUCUUCAAUUAGACAACCCAAAAUAGAAGAAUUUCCACAGUUAUUUGGUCUAUCAGAAGCUACGCUCGAUAUAAAUGAAAGAAAAAAAGUUAUAGAAGAUUUAGUAACCAAAUUUAAAAAUAGUUUUGACAAUAAUCCUGAAUUAGAUUUAAGUUCUUCCUCGUCAUCAGAAAGCGAAUGUAUUUGUAAAUAUUUUGGAAAAGGUAAGACUGAUGAAGAUCUGGAUAAAUUAAGUGUAAUUUCGGUUCCAAAAGAGCAGGCUUCUUUGCCAGCGGUCAAGGCAAAAGAAACUAAAUCAAAAAUUACAACGGCCACGGAUGAAAAUCAAAAACAAAAUAAUAUUAAACCUACAAAGUCUAUUAAAUCUACCAAACAAAGUCUGGAGACGAAAUCAACAUUGAAAGCACCACCGUCUAAGUCUAACAAAACAGCUGAACCAUCCGACACGCAAGACAAAGAAGAAAAGAAGCAAAGAAAAACUCAGCGGAAGGAUAGCAAUACUCCUGUUAAUAAAAAAAAGCAUGAUUCUGAGUAUCGAAUGAUGAUGGAAUUAUUGAAAGAUAAAGAAAGAGACAGAAAUAAAAAUAUGAACCUAGACAAAAAAGAAAAGGUGCCUACUUUGCCUGAAAUAAAAGAUUUACCCGUCUUAAAGAAAAAAACUGUAGUUAAAGAUGAAAAUCUCGAUUUUCAAUAUUCUGAAAGUAUAUUGGAAUGUAAAGAUAGCCGUUCAAUUCCUGUUAAUGAAGUGAUCAGAGGAAAUAAAAUAAUACACUGUGAUCCUCAUGUACGUCAUACUGAAGAAUCCUUGCAACUGCCGAUGUUAUAUAAUGUUAAAAUAGAUUUGACUACACCAAAAAAUAUAAAGGAAUCAUCUGUAUCAUCUGCUUAUGAAGACAAAAAUAAAAAGCAAAUGAAAGUAGAAGAUGGUAUGAACAUUUAUAAAAUGUUACCAGCAUCAGUAUCUGCAGAUUGGUUCAAUUUAUUCAAAAAAAGUAAAACCUUAUUUUAUGAUACUGGAGAAAAGUUAGCUGAAAUAGAUGACAAUGGAAGUGGACGAUGGUUUUAUAAGGACGGAAAUGUUGCUAUGGAUGUACAGAAAGAGAAAGGGGCCAAAAUGGUAAGGCGUUAUAUUGUGUACAGUUCCGUUGAAGCUGUAAAUGUUUAUAAGAAUGAGCCCAUUACAAUUCUAGCGUGUUUCGACUAUCUCGGAAAUGGUGUCGUAUACGACCAUAAGGGCAAUGUCAGGUUGAAGUAUAAUCAAUCCGAGGGCCUAGUGCUGGAUAAAAAUAUUGCUCCAUUGGGUCGAUGGAAAUGGCAUUCACUAAACGAUCCUCCGGUUUUACAGCGUGUUUUUAUUAACACGUAUGAUAAAGUUGAUAAUAUGGAAUAUAUAGAGAAUGAUUCUGUUGGAGCAGUAAAGCCUCUAAAUGAAGACAUGAUUGCCAUUGAACUAGAUAAUUUUUUGAAGGAAAAAGCUCAUAAAUUGUUGCAAGAGUUUAAACCAUUUCAGAUAAGAAUGAAAAUUAUGAAGCUUAAUAACUUCUUUUCGUUACGAAUUAUAGAUCAGACAAAUAUUUUUCUUCUGUUCCGUUGUGACAGGGCUUUUUUGAGAAUAAAUAUCGGAAUGCUGUUAAAGAAUGACGAAAUAAUAGAUACCGACGUUGCGGAAGUUUCAGAUGUUUCCACUCCAUAUUGCCAUAGUCGUCCGAAAUCUCCAACUUUAAUUAAUAUACAAAAGACCCUCAAUGACGUAAGAAGCUAUUAUAGUAGUUCUAAGAGACGUAAAUAA